AUGCCGGGCAAUCGAAAUCGUGGCCGUGAUGUCUUCAUCUGGGACCUGAACGACAGUCAAGAUCGUAUUCCCUUGGGUGGCUUAAUCCUCACACCGGGCAUCACCAAUACGGACUUCUGCCAGAUGCUCGACAUUCUUCUCAUCACCUCAGAUGAUUACGUCGUCCAAAACGAACGUGGAGACGAGGUCCUACGAGAUGCCCAGCCCCUUCUUCCUGGGGAUUAUACAGUUACUGCAGAUAGUGUUGAGGUCAACGAUGAGGUAGUGUUCACGCGAGCACUCUCCCUUGGAACCGGUAGCCGGGUACGAUCAUUCACAGAACAAGUUCGGGCUCGCGACGGCCGUUGUGUUGUUUCCAAAGUCGAGAAUCCCAAUGCUAAUAUUGAUAUCUGGGCGGGAUUCGAAGCAGCGCACAUCUUCCCACUAGCAUACGAACAACACUGGCGAGAGAACAACUAUGAGCGUCGGAUCACAAUUGAUCCACCUCAGGGGGGCAAAAUCAAUUCGGUACAGAAUGGGAUCCUUCUCGGGUCGAAUCUCCAUCAGUUCUUCGACAUCUAUGGGUUUUCUAUUAAUCCUGAUAACGGGUACAAGAUAACCUUUUUCGUUCGAGACCCAGAGCAAGUGGCUGGCCAAAGCCUGGACAGGCACCUGCUGAAUGAUCCCCGCCGUCCGCCCGACUCGAUCCUCCGGUGGCAUUUUCGCCAGGCGGUCCUUGCAAAUAUGAGAGGCAUAGGAGAAGCUACUCAUGAACUUGACUUCCCGCCAGGUUCGGAUAUAAUGGGCGAGAUCCAAGCCGGCCCCAAGGCCGCUGAACGUAUGGAGUUCGAGCUAUUCGACCGGCUGGCUCACCACAUGGAGAUCGUAUGA